UUGGUCACAGUUAUCCUAAAGACCGCCUCUUUAAUAGAAUACUACAAAACGAUUGGAUACUGGACAGACAUUUGACAGCUGUGUUGUGAAAGAACCGUAAUCUAUGAAAAUAACAAUCUCCAGUGAAACCGUACUGUAAUACAAGUAAAUUUGUAAUGAAAUACAACGCCAUUUCUUUUUUUAAUCAACAAACGUAUUUAAGAGGGAUGCAUUGUUGGAAAGAAAGCUUGCUGGGAAACAAACAUCUGAACUACAGUACCCACAAUUCAGUUGCACAGCACAAACGUCAACGUCAAACGUCAAAGUCACAACAAGGAAGUGGAUGCUCAGCGCCUGAAUUUCUUGUACUAAUCUUCUUAGAAAGAGGGACCGCUGUUUUUUUUAUAAAAGCACGCUUUUAAAGAUUAGGUCAAUCUUGUUUCGUGUAAGAAAGCCUUGAUCUGUCGGGUUGUCUGGAUGUAUGUUUGGUAAUCUCCGAAGAUAAAACGUAAACUAAAUCAGUGUAUCUGAACAGGUGAAUGGGUGAAGUGGUAGUUGAUAGUUUUGCUCGCCCAUUCAUUCAUUUUUAUGGUUCGGUUCCGUUGACGUUACAUACAGACCCAGCGUGGUGUUGACACUCAUCGCUCAAAAUGAGGAUGAUCACUUUUUUCCUGGUUGGACUGACAGUCCAUGUGGUCUUCUUCCUCUCCAUCUUUGACAUCUAUUUCACCUCUCCCCUGGUCCAUGGCAUGACACCCCAGACAACGCCACUAACACCCCCUGCCUCCAGACUGGUGUUAGUGGUGGCCGAUGGACUUCGAGCAGACAGCUUCUUCACCCUGUUCCCCAAUGGCUCAUCCAGGGCCCCAUACUUGAGGAGCAUCAUAGAAGAGACAGGUACCUGGGGUGUGUCACACACACGCGUCCCCACUGAGUCUCGCCCCGGUCAUGUUGCUCUCAUCGCUGGCUUCUAUGAGGAUGUUAGUGCUGUUGCUAAAGGAUGGAAGGAGAAUCCUGUAGAGUUUGACUCUGUGUUUAAUGAGAGCAGACACACCUGGUGCUGGGGCAGCCCUGAUAUUCUGCCUAUGUUUGCCAAAGGUGCUACUGGAGACCAUGUGUACACCCACACAUAUCCAGCUGUGGAGGAGGACUUUGCCUCCACAGAUGCAUCCAGGCUGGACAGCUGGGUGUUCACUCAAGUCAAAUCAUUCUUUCAAGCAGCAAAGUCAAACUCUACUCUGAGGGCCAGUCUACUCGAGGACAAGAAUGUUCUCUUCUUGCAUCUGCUGGGCAUCGAUACGAACGGACAUGCUCACAGACCAAUGUCACAGGAGUACCUAGACAAUAUUGGUCUAGUAGAUACUGGUGUAUCUGAGCUGGUGUCUAUGGUAGAAGACUUCUUUGGCUAUGAUGGCAGAACGGCCUAUGUGUUUACCUCUGAUCAUGGCAUGACCGAUUGGGGCUCCCACGGUGCAGGCCAUCCCUCUGAGACUCUUACCCCUUUAGUGGUAUGGGGAGCCGGUGUUCAUAAUGCCCAGAGAGUCACUGAACCUCAACUGUACAAGGAUGGGUACUUACAAGAUUGGAAACUGGAGCACCUCCAAAGGGUUGAUGUUAAUCAGGCUGAUAUUGCUCCCCUCAUGGCAUCUCUCAUUGGUGUUCCCAUUCCUGUCAACUCUGUUGGUGUGUUACCUCUUCUCUACCUCAACAACAGUGACCAGUUCAAGGCAGAGAGCAUGUACACUAAUGCUAUUCAAGUACUGGAGCAGUUCAAGAUGAAAAUGACCCAAAAAAAGGAGACAACUUUGUCUUUUCUGUUUACCCCAUACCAACUACUUACUGAGUCAAAACAAGCAGAAUUCAUUCACAAGGCCAGAAUACUGAUGCGUCUGGAGAAAUAUGAGGAUGCUAUCUCUCUGUGCCAGUCUCUGAUCUCCCACGCUCUGGAGGGCCUGGUUUACUACCACACCUACGACAGGUUUUUCUUGGGUUGCAGUGUAGUGCUGGGAUUUGUAGGCUGGACCUCAUACGUUAUCCUUAUCAUACUGAAGACUCAUGCCAGCCUCAACAGACAUCCCAGUGUCCUCAAACAGAUUCCCAGCCGUUCCCUGGUGAGGCUGUGUAUGUGUGUCACAAUGGUGAUCAGCAUAUUCCUGCUUAUCCAAAGAAGUCCCAUCACCUACUAUAUUUACUGCCUGCUGCCUGUACCUGUAUGGUACUCUGUUCUUAAAGAAUCUGGAACUCUAACAGAUUUGAUUCGCUCAGCUCCCUCUCUGCCACUGUGGAAAUGUUUUGGCUAUUUUGUGCUGGUGGCGUUUGGGAUUGAGUUACUGGUGGUGAGUUUCUUCCAUCGUGCCAUGCUGACUGUGGGUCUGGUGGUCCUCUCUCUCUGGCCCAUGCUGUCUGGACUUUUUGGCAAGGCUAAGUUCCGUUCAUUGAGCUGGUUUCUGAGCUGUCUGUGUUUGGCCGUUUUCCCCCUGAUGCCGGUUGUGGGACGAGAGCCUAAUAUACAUCUGGUGACCUGUGCAGGUCUCCUCACUCUCUUCACCUCAGCCUGUUACCUCUGGUCAUCACGACACAGAACACCACUGCACCUUAGUGACAGGCAACAAUUUGUCACCCAGAUGCUCCAUGUGGCAGUGUGUGCGUAUGUGCCUUCCCUCACACACUCCAGCCUGCAGCAGAAACAGGGCCUGCCACUUCUUAAUCAGAUCAUCAGUUGGAUCACAUUAGCAUCUUCUAUGCUGGUUCCAUUGUUGAGCUCUACACGUCUUUUCCAUCGACUUCUCAGCAUAUUUCUGUCUCUCACAGCCACAUACCUACUGCUCAGCACUGGGUCAGAGGCCUUGUUCCCCCCUGUGUUAUCUUGGUUGAUGUUUGUGUGGAUCAACAUUGAACAGGAAGCUAUGAUCGCUCAGGGUGUCUCUGGAAGGCAAGAGCUCUCCACUAUCGAUUUCUCCGCAAACAUCGACAUCACCAAGAUCCGACAGCUGAAGUUGGAUGACAUCAGAAGAUCUUAUUUUUUUGUAUUCUUUAUAAUAACAGCUUUCUUCGGUACAGGGAACAUAGCUUCCAUUAACAGCUUUGACCCAGCGUCUGUUUAUUGUUUCCUCACUGUCUUCAACCCCUUCAUCAUGGGAGCACUGAUGAUGUGGAAGGUUAUCAUCCCGUUCAUAAUAGUAAUGUGUACGUUUGAGGCCAUCCAAGUUGCAACACAGCUCUCAUCAAGAAGUUUGUUCCUCAUUGUCCUGGUCAUCUCUGAUGUGAUGGCUCUGCACUUCUUCUUCCUGGUGCAAGACUACGGCAGCUGGUUGGACAUUGGUACAAGCAUUAGCCACUAUGUGAUAGUCAUGUCAAUGACCAUCUUCCUGAUGCUGCUCAGUGUGGUCACACACAUCCUCACCUCACGAAGAUUCACUCUGUGGAGGAGACCCAAGAUGCACUUUCCCUAAAUAAACACCUGCACACACAUAUAUACUGGUUAAACCAAAUGUUUAGUAUUUAUUUUACUCUUUUAGAUACUUUUCAUUUAGAAUAUGCCUUAUGAAACCAGAGUUUGUUAUAUAAAAUUUGAGAUAUUGUUUUAGGAUCCAAUAUAGUACUUUGCAGAAGUCUUACACUGCUUGGCUGAAGUUAUAAUUAAGUAUAGUACAGUUAAUAGACAAAGUAAAUAUUAAGGCGUUAAGGAACUCUCCCUUCACUUAUCAGUCAGAUGCUUUAAAUUCUUUUCUCAGGACAGCUUAAAGACUUUACCACGAAAAUGGACAAGUACUUCUCAUUAUAAAAUACCACAUUCUUCUUGUUAAUACUUGUCUUCCUCAUAUGGUUUGUGUUAACCUCAAUUUUACAAUGUAACGAAGACUUCCUUUGUUACUUAUGCUAAUGGUUUUAAUAAGAAAUUUUAAAAGUGGCGCAAGACUUUUGCAAGGAACUGUUUGCACUGUAUUGUUUUGUGCAAGAACAUUGGCACUCUGUUUGAGGCACAUUGUUUUUGUAUUAAUAAUUGAUCAGUUGACUAAUGCUACUUGAAUGUUUGACUGUGAAUUAUGCCUUUGCCAAGGGUGCUGAUUUAUGAUCCACCAAAGAAGGGUAACUUUAUAACUUUUUGAAUAUGUAACAUUAUUUCCAGUAAAGCAGCCUAAAAUGUAUCUUUGUUUAGAAGGAAAAGGGAUGUAAAUGGUUGUGACUAGGUGUGUACCACUAAAACAGAAAGACUGGAAUGGAAACAGGAAAUGGUCAUAAAGGGUUAGUUGUACUUAUGCCAAAUUAAAGUAGGUGCUAGUGUAGUUGUGCUCUGUGUUUGUACAUCAGAGUAACUGCAGCCAUGGACUGGAUUUAGAAAAACAAAAAGCUGGCGAUUAGUAUGUUUUCUGUGAACAGAGAAUAAAGAAACUGUUGCUCUAA